CUGUAUCUGUAUGUUAAAAGAAGUCGGCAUGUUUGAUCUACCACUUGACAGUUCAAUCUAUUCCAUUCCUGUCCGCCACGUGGCGCAUCCGUCGCUCUCUCAUGAAUCUUCAUGAUAACUGACCAUAUGGCGUUCUAUUCGCUUCCCCUACUUUACCAAAUUUCCACUCCUAAUUUCUUUUAUUUUUAAAAUUUUCGCGUGUGGUACUCGUAAGUACUAAGUACUAGUAAGUAGUAACUAACUUGUCCAGUUUAUUUCCUUUCUAAUUUACGUUUUUUAAAAAAUUCGGCAAAAAAAAUUUACGUUUUUGAAAAUUCUGUUUAAUUUCCUAAUUUUAAUUUAUGGUUCCGGGGUUUACCAUUUAAUCCUAUCUCAUUCUACUCAUCAUUCUCUGUAUCACUCGAUUGAUUUUUUUUUUUUUUAUCAAUAAAAUAUCAUUAUCUGGUUAUUAAUGUAAAGUUAAAGAAACCGCGUAUCAAAUGGAUUAUAAGCUUUUUGCAGAAUUUCAAUUAUUGUUAAUAUUUUGGUCAUUCCUUUCCUGCUUUGGCGAAUCAAAGCUUUUUGGCAGAUAACAACAGUGGGUGACAACAGAUGGACAUUGCUGCACUUUUGACUUCAGCUGGGAUUAAUGUAGGCAUAUGCAUAGUGCUUUUCGGUUUAUAUUCUGUAUUGAGAAAACAACCCAGCAAUAGGGUUGUUUAUUUUGGCCGCAGACUUGCUUCAGUACGCUUACGAAGCUCCGAUGUUUUCUCAAUCGAGAGAUUUGUGCCUUCGCCUAGUUGGAUAGUUAAGGCUUGGGAAACAACUGAAGAAGAAAUUUUAUCUAUUGGUGGUCUUGAUGCAUUAGUUUUCCAACGCAUGCUUAUUUUCAGUAUCCGUGUGUUUUCUAUUGCUGCGAUAAUUUGUCUUCUUCUAGUGCUUCCGAUGAAUUAUUAUGGCAAAGACAUGGAACAUAAGUAUAUUGCAUCAGAGUCACUGCAUGUAUUCACUAUAGGGAAUGUCAAAGAAGGUUCUAGAUGGCUUUGGGCGCACUGUCUUGCUUUGUAUAUCAUAUCCUGUGCAGCCUGUGUUCUCCUUUAUUUUGAGUAUAAAAGCAUUACUGAAAUGAGGUUGGCGCAUAUAACUAAAUCCUCACUGAAUCCUGGUCAUUUUACCAUUCUUGUCCGUUCAGUUCCAUGGUGUCCGGAAGAAUCAUUCAAUGAUACAGUGAAAAAAUUCUUUACAAAUUAUUAUCCAUCAAGCUACUUGUCACACCAAAUGGUGUAUAGACGCAGCAUUAUUCGAAAAUUGAUGUUGGAUGCAGAGAAGAUGUGCAGCUUGAUUAUUCCCGUUCCUGUUGAUCGACCAAGUCUAAGGCCAUGUUGUCUUUGUGGAAAAACUACUGCUUCUUUUAAGAUUCUUGCAAGCGAAGCAGAGACUGCUAAGGAUUGCAUCAGCUUCGCUGAUCUUAAUGUAGCUACAAGAGAAAAUGAGUGUGCUGCUGCUUUUGUAUUUUUUAAGACUCGUUGUUCUGCUGUAGUUGCCACACAGAUGCUUCAAUCACCAAAUCCCAUGUUAUGGGUGACAGAGUUGGCCCCUGAACCACAUGAUGUUUUAUGGUCAAAAAUUUCUAUUCCAUAUAAACAGCUUUGGCUUCGGAAGAUAGGAACGUUGUUGGCUUCCAUAGUAUUCAUGUUUGUGUUCCUGAUUCCUGUGACGUUUGUGCAAGGCUUGACCCAACUAGAUAAGCUGUCAAAAAUGUUCCCAUUUCUGAGGGGACUCUUAAAAAAAAAAAUUAUGAGCCAGGUGUUGACAGGUUACUUGCCUAGUGUCAUCUUGAUGCUUUUUCUAUAUUCUGUUCCGCCUGUGAUGAUGGUUUUUUCAUCAGUGGAGGGGCCUUUCUCGCGUAGUGGAAGGAAAAAGAGUGCAGCCUUGAAAAUCUUGUAUUUCACGAUAUGGAAUGUUUUCUUUGUUAAUAUUCUCUCAGGCUCUGUUAUUAAUCAAUUGACUGUCUUCACUAGCGUGAAAGAGAUCCCUAUGCAACUUGCGAAAGCAAUACCUACUCAGGCUACCUUCUUCAUGACUUAUGUUUUAACAUCCGGUUGGGCUGGUUUAGCCUGUGAAGUGAUGCAACUUUUUCCUCUGAGCUGCAACAUGUUUAAAAAAUUCAUUCUGAGAAAUGGUAAAGAUUCGUCUGAUGACCUUAUGACUUUCCCAUACCAUACAGAAGUUCCAAGGAUCCUACUGUUUGGCCUUAUUGGGUUCACGUGUUCAGUCAUGGCCCCCUUAAUAAUACCUAUUUUACUGGUAUACUUUGUCCUAGCUUACCUUGUAUACCGUAACCAGAUACUCAAUGUUUAUAUUCCAAAAUAUGAAGGCGGUGGGCAUUUUUGGCCUAUUUUUCACAACACGACAAUCUUCUCAUUGGUGUUGACACAAGUUAUAGCUCUCGGUGUCUUUGGGAUCAAAGAAUCACCAAUUGCAUCAGGUUUCAUCUUUCCGCUGGUCUUUUUCACUCUGCUAUUUAACGAGUAUUGCAGGCAGCGGUUUUAUCCAAUUUUCGUCAAGGACCCUAUACAGAUUCUCAUAGAGAUGGAUAGAGACGAUGAACAGUCGGGGAGAAUGGAGGAGAUCCACACACAAUUGCGUUCCGCAUAUUGUCAGUUCCCAAUAACAGCUCAUCACUUUUGUGAAUCUGUAUUAUCUUCUGAAACACAUCAACUUAAAAGUGCCAAGGAUCCAGAGGAAGCUAAAUCAGGAAAGGAAAUAAGUGAAGGAAGUGAAACAUGGGCUGAUGUCAAUUUUGAAAAGGAAAGUUGACUCAUUCUGUUUGUAUAUAAAGUAAAAUACACUCAACACUGUUUCAGCAGUUGAUUACAAGCGAUGUGUCUAAAGAGUAGUCCUCAUUCAUGAACUCAAAUGUGGCGCAUGAUAGACAAAUUAAGUGUUACACAUGUAGGUAUUGGAUUGAGGUUGUCACUUUGUAGGAAUUUUUUUCUUCCUUCAAGAUAGAAAAUUAUAAUUGUAUGUCGUUAUAGAUUUUACACAUAAUAGAAUAGUAGAAACCUUGAUUUGUACUAUAAAUCAAACAAUUCGAUUAUUACUUGGAUAUUUAUUCUGUAAAGAAACAACCAAGAAAAAUAUAUACACAGAAGUAAUGAACAGUCUCAUUCAGUUGUUCUGGA